AUGUACUUGAAUUGGUACCGCCGCCUCCGUUCUCUCCCCAACUCACCGCCUGAUGUCGACACCUCCUUUUAUUCUAGAAACAGCAGCAAUGAGGCGACAUCGUUUCGGAAGCAGAAAUUGGAAUUCCAGCGCCGCAUCAUUGAAAAGAAGCAGCGUCGCAAGCGCCAGGAGCCGCUUAUGGUGCAGGCCAACCUGGACUCCAAGGUGAAGGGGCGCCGUGGGGGGUACAAGCCCGAGGAGUGUGUCCCACUCAUGGAGUCUUGCAGCGAGCACAGCCUGUGUAACGGUACAAACAAUCCUUUCCUUGUGGAAUCUGUCCCAGAGGCCCACGCUGACACUCGCCCAUGGGGCAGCUCUAGGCAAGUGAAUCGGAUUCACAAUGGCCAAGGAGAAAGCGCAGAUUUCUCCGAUGAGAUGGAUCUUGAAGAAGCCAUCUUGGAAGAAACCCAGCCUAUCAGCAAGAAAGAAUUAGAGCCCAAGAAGGGCUGGCAAGCCAAAAAGAGAGACGGGCAAUCCAGUGCCCAGAGGCAUAGCCAGGCCUCCAGAUCCGAGAAGGAAUCCUUAUUCCCAACUCAGGAAGUUCCACCGUCUGUCGUCAUGGACGUGCAGGAUUCCAAGGACAACCCCCAGAAAGAAGGCCCAGAGUCUCCAGACUCUGAGGACGUUCCUAGCGAACUGUAUAACACCUACUCUCUCCAAAGCAACUCGGAAAGCGAGGAAUCAUCCCGGGAACUGACGGUACCACCCUCACCCAUGAAGAAGCCCCGUGAAAGGAUGCUUGUACACAGAGGGUCUCUCACCAAUGGGACAAGGAGCGUGAGUGAGGAUGAUGAAGAUGACGCUGAGAGUGAAGAUUUCAAGGAGGAUCAGGACAUGCUGUGCAGUGUCAUGUAUACUCGCGAGGAGACUGGAUUGUCUGAUUCUCCAAGUGCGGAAUCGAGCUUCCCACUGUCACUCAAGGUGGACGACAUAGAGGCAUUUGUUCUAAAACCUUCUCCUCAGGGGAGCACAAUCCAAUGCCGCAUCACGCGGGACCGGAAAGGGAUGGACAAAGGAAUCUUCCCCUUCUACUAUCUGCAUCUUGAGAUGGAAAAUGGAAAGAAGCGUUUCCUCAUGUCUGGACGGAAGAGGAAAAAAAGCAAGACUUCCAAUUACCUAAUUUCUCUGGAUCCCAUCGACCUGUCACGAGGCGGUGACAGUUUCAUCGGAAAAGUCAGAUCAAACGUGCUGGGAACCAAGUUUACUGUGUUUGACAAUGGAAUCAACCCAGAGAAGAAACCUUUUGUUCCAGAGUCUGCUGAGCUGCGGCAAGAGCUGGUUGCCAUCUGCUAUGAAACAAAUGUCUUGGGCUUCAGGGGCCCAAGGAAAAUGACAGUGAUAAUCCCUGGCAUGACCUCAGACAAUGAGAGGAUUUGUAUCCGGCCUAAAAAUGAACAUGAGACCUUACUGGCUCGGUACCAAAACCACAACAUGCAGAACCUAAUCAAGCUCCAUAACAAGAUGCCAGCCUGGAACGAGGAGACCCAAUCGUAUGUCCUCAACUUUCACGGACGGGUCACGCAGGCUUCCGUGAAAAACUUCCAAAUCAUCUCAGAAGACGACCCCCAGUACAUUUUGCUGCAGUUUGGCCGUGUGGCACCUGAUGUAUUCACCAUGGACUACCGCUACCCACUGUGUGCUCUUCAGGCUUUCGCCAUCUGUUUGUCCAGCUUUGAUGGGAAAUUAGCUUGCGAGUAG